CGGCUCGGCUGGGCUCGGCUCGGCUCGGCUCGGCUCGGCCCCGGUGCGGCGGCAGAGCCCGCCGGGGUUGCCGGGGCUGUGCGGGUUGUGCCCGCUGCUGCAAGCGGCGGGGUUGACUUUUAUUUUAAUACAAACCAGUGAAGAUGACACCAAAACAUGAAAAACAAGAAUUUGUAACUGUCUUGGUGCGAGACCCCAGGACACAAAAAGAAGACUCAUGGCAUUCUUACAUAGACUAUGAGAUAUUUAUUCACACAAACAGUAUGUGCUUUACAAGGAAAACAUCCUGUGUUAGACGACGCUUCAGAGAAUUUGUUUGGCUUCGGCAGAGGCUUCAGAGCAAUGCAGCACUUAUACAGUUACCUGAACUGCCAUCUAAAACUCCCUUUUUCAACAUGAACAAUCCUCAUCAUGUGAACCAUCGCCGGCAGGGUCUGCAAGAGUUCCUGGAAAAGAUCCUACAAGAUGCCUUAUUGCUUUCAGACAGUAGGCUUCACCUCUUCUUACAGACUCAGCUGAGCCCAGAAGAUAUGGAGGCUUGUGUAUCUGGACAGACCAAAUACUCUGUUGCUGAUGCGAUUCAUAAGUUUGCUUCUUUGAACAGACGAUUUCCUGUAGAAGAUGAAGAAAGGAAGAAGGAAACAAACGAUGCAGACUCUGACUCUGUGAGUUCAUCCUCUGGGCUCAGACCUAGUGAUGACAGCAUUUCAUGUGGAUGUAAAGCAAGCCCAGCUUCUGAAGAAUCAUGAAAAAAAAUCAUUCCUGUGUUGCUAUCUUAUGGACAGUACAAAGUGGUUUCUCAUCUGUUUACUGGUUACAUGUUCCCCGUAAACACGCCCAGCUGGUAACACGUACCUGAAAGACACGUCCUCAGUACAACCAUAUGUCCUUACAACAUUUUCAGAACAGACCUUGAUACCAUUUCUUUUUUGAUUCAUUAUGUACGUUGUUUCAGGUCUACACACUAUCUAUUGCAUUUAGGUUUUUGUGGCUAUUGGAAUCUCAGUGUUGGGUAAGUCAUGCUCUACUGACAGACAUGGCAGUUAAAAUUUUUCCCUUAGUGAGUGCAUGUCUCGGAUCUGAAAAAUAAAGAUAACUUAAUUCCUCAGCUUAAAAGUUGGCAUACCAUAUCGGAUACAUUCAAAGCAUCUUUUUGUGAUUUGCAUCAGAGAAGUUUCAUCUUCAGAAGUCAUUUGACAUUGGUGAUGAAAUUACAUACCCCACAAGGUAUUAACUUUUAAAAGUAGCUCAGCAACAUCAGCAAAACAACAUUUGUAUGAACUAUAUGCUGCUGACAAUUUGAGAUAUAAAUAUAUCUUCCUCAGGUCUUUCUGUAAUGUUUAUGGAAGGCUUGGUUUUAUCAUGCACAAGAGCUGAAGGCCAAAAUUGUUGAGCAUGGUUGCUUGGAAGUUAGAAAUAUUAAUAAAAAUGACAUCAUUUCUAGGCUUGCAGGAGAUUCUCAGUUCCCAGGGAAUUAUGGAUACUCAUUCCCAGUCAAAAUCCUAGAUGAGGUCCAUUGAAACCAGUGGCUGAAUUUUGCAUCAACCUCGCAGGGGCCAGGAUUUUAUUUUCAGUGUGUUUAACUUUAGGCACCUAUAUUUGAAGAUGCUAGGAGAGGUGUAUUAGUUUAGCAGCUUGAAACAGUAUCUCCUUCUGGAGAUGAUGAUAAUCACCUCACUUAACACGCUGUAUGGAUGUGGACCUUUCCACUCUUUGGGAAUAACAGGAGCUGCUGAUUCCAUUGAGGCUGUAGUUAACACAUUGGAAUAUUGACUUUUUCACAAACAAAAGGCAGGCUUGAGCACAACUUUGUAACCACCAACACUGAUUUUGAUUAAAUGCCAGUUUUGUUCAUUAUUAUUAACAGCAGCUGCAUAGUGUCUUGUCCCAGAUUCUGUCAAAGGAAUAUGUUUCACUGCAGUGUUGUAUUUAUAUUUGACAUUUAACUGCUAUUAAAAAGAGCUUGGGGGUCUGAUCACCCUAGCAAAGCUCCCAUUAACUUCAGUGCUGUAGUUACCAACCUAGAAAUGGAGAUAGAUAUCUAUUUUUUUUCUUUAAGAAUUCUGUGGAUACUUUCAAGGAAAGAGCGUUUUAAACCUGGGAAUUACAGAAACAAUAGAUAAUUAAAUGGCCAACUAGUAAAGGUUAGCAUAGGUGUGUGUGGGCAUGCUUUUUUAAAGCAUCCAGCUGGGAAUCUGUGUAAUUUUAGAAACAUGUUUUAGUAGCCCGAGGAUAGCAUCUCUUUGGUAACUGCUUUAAGCCACUGUUUUUUGUUGAUGGUAGCACUUUCAUAAGAUAAAUGUCUGUGUUUCUUUCUGCUUGGUCUUAUUGAAUUGCACAAACAUAUCUAUUCACCUUCUCAGCUUGUGUGUGUUAGCAGCAAAGUUAUUUUAAUGUAAAAGUGGUAACAUUUAAUUAAAGCAACAAGUUAUCACUAACAGUAGCUUUAAAAAUAGCUGUUAUGGCCAGGCAGCAAUGUAUGGUUACUUGAUUUUUUUUUUUUAAGAUGGCACAUUACAGGAAAAAUUAUUUAGCACAUUUAUUUAAAAUAGGCGUAAAAUAUAAAAAGAAACUGGAAUAAUGUCUGAAAAAAGUGUGUGGUUUUUUUUUUCACUUAAUGUUAGGGUAGUUUGUUUUUUUAAAAAAUUAUGUUUUAAAAGAUUGAGCUGAACUGUUAAAGCACUUUACAAUUCUGGUCUGCGACUCUGUCCUCAGUAUCAGAGGAAAGAUACAGAAAGGCAAGGUUUGAAGAACCUUUGUGGCCAUUCAUUAUUUUUUAAUGCUAGAACCUUAUCUGUAUGCUAGUGAGCGUUUUCCAAGUGAAGAUGUUUUUGAAAUAAAUACUUGUUUUCUAAUAGUUCUAUUGGUGUUCCAUUAUUUUUUUGGCACCUCGUUCAAAAAUUCUAAGACCACUCUACUAUAAUGGAACUUUUUUUCCCAGAUUUGAUAGAAAUUUGUUUAAAUAUUUAUCUUUUGAAGAUCGUGUAACUACUAGUACUGGAGUUACUGAAGGAGAAAGAAAAAGUAUUCCAUGCUCUAAUAUUUCUUCUUUUUGGAUCAGCUGUAUGUAACUGCAUAGAAAGGUUUUAAGACAUUUUGUUUAAUUUGGAACAUUUAAAUGUAACUUACAAAUUUUUACAUUUAAAUUUGUAUUUUUAAUGUAUUUUGUGACUUCAAUAAUUUCGUGAUAUUUUUCAAUACUAUGUCAUAUAAUUUUGAUUCUGUUUAUCACUGUUGCUUUGAUUCUAUUUUUUAUUUUUGAAUAAUGCUGAUAUUUCCUGCUAGUUUUUUAAACAGGCUGAUACCUAGUUUAUAACACAAUGAAAUUGCUGUUGUUAAUUUAUAUUAAUUGCAAUAAUUCUGCACUCUAAAAUUUUGCUUUAUCUUUUGUUUAGAAUUUUAUAUUCUCAUUUUUAUGAUGAUUUAUUAAAAGCUUUUAAGUAAUUAAAUGAAACAAAUUACCACUUUCUACUUCAUGCUUAAAUGUGCCAGUAAGGUUUCCUUUAUUUUAAUAUCAAUAUUCUAAUCACUUUAUGACUUGCCAAGUGUAGUUACUCUUCAGCUGUUUUUGUGUUUGGGCUUGUUGUUACUGGUUUUGUAGAAAAUGUAAAGAAAUCAAAAUAACUCCAGUCAUAUGUGCUGUCAAUGUGUAACAUAAGAAUGUUGUAAACUAGUAUUAAGCAACCUGUUACUCACAGGCUCAUUUGAAAUAUACUUUCAAGAAAGAUGAGACAAAUUGUCUGUUGGAAUUAAAAUUUUAAUUUAAAUAGCAA